AUGGAGAGACAACGAGGAGCUCUUCUGUCCAAGACGGAAACGCUGGCGGAGAGACAACGAGAGCUGCCGUCUGUCCGGAAGACAACGAAACGCUGGCGGAGAGACAACGAGGAGCUCCCUUUUCUUCCUUUCAAGAAUACAGAAAAAGCUAUUCACAUGACAAACCUUCUUCAUUUGUUUAGCGAUAAUGAAGAUAUUGAUGAGGUAUCGACCCCUAGUCUUAAGUAUUUGCUCUUGCCUGCUUUACUUAAUUAUUUCACAAUGAGAAAAGUUGGAGGCGAACGUUUAGAUUUAGUGAAAAAAGCCAAGAGGGCAGUGAUCUCCCUUUUCUCUCCAUUCUUUCAAUUUCUGUCCAUCUUGACAUGUUUGUUGAUUUCCUCUCUCUCUCUGCCCUUUCCUCUUCAGGAACCAGAUUUACUUGGAAUGGCUAAUCAGCGCCAAAACAAAAUUGACCGUUAUAAAGAACAAAAGAAAACAUUGCAAGAAAUCAAAGAAUUACGGGUUCAUAUUGAAAAGGAACAUGUGGAAGAAGAAGUUCAACGAAAAUAUUAUUUGUUGCUGCUUAAAAACUGGAUCAGUACGGCAUUGGAUGAUUUUGAAAACAUCAAAAUGGAGCUUGAAAUUUUGAAGCAGAUGGCUGCUAUGAAGGCCAAAGGAAUUGACAUUGCUGAAGAGAAAAAAUCAGGAGGAUUUAAAAAGAAGCCUUUCCGUCCUUUCAUUAUCACAAAAGAUCAAUUACAAAAGAAAGUGAUUGGUGCUGGUUAUCCAAGUUUACCGACAAUGACAGUCGAGGAAUUCUAUGAGCAAAAAGUCAAAGAUGGAACAUUUCAGCUUCCAACUGGAUCCAGUCUUCAAGAUUGGGCAACAGAUCCAGACAAAACCUCAAAGGAUAAAGAAGAAGAAGAAAGAAAUGAAGAAGCAAAAAUUGAGAAAGACGAUGCUGAGAAACUUUCCAAAAUGCGGAAUUGGGAUGAUUGGAAAGAUGAUGUCCGUCGUGGUGAUGGGAAUCGGAUGAACAUGGGCUGA